GCCAUGUUGUUUCAUCCCAUCAUGCUUCCAUUGCUAACUCUUCUCUUUUCCUAUGUCAUUUUCUGCAUCCUAAGGAAACUUAGAUCAAACCCGAAGCUCAAAUUACCGCCUUCCCCGCCUCGGAUUCCGAUCAUCGGGAAUUUUCAUCAAAUAACUCCUCUAUUUCACCAAUUCCUUCAUCAAAUGAGUUUGAAAUACGGUCCACUGGUGCUCUUCAAAUUUGGCAGCAAGCCAACUCUUGUUGUUUCAUCCGCAGAGGCAACUUCUGAUAUUCUGAAGACCCAUGACAUUAUUUUCGCAGAUAGAUUCCCUGCAAAAGCUUUUAAAAUUCUCUUUUUCGGUGGAAAUGAUAUAAUUAUGUCUCCGUAUAAUGAGCAAUGGAAACAACUAAGGAAGUUUUGUGUUGUUGAGCUGUUGAGUCCAAAGAGGGUCAAUUCUUUCAAGCAUAUAAGAGAAGAGGAAGUUGAUAAAAUGAUUCAAAACAUAGCUCGCGAGCGGGGCGGCGUCGUUAAUCUGACCGAGACAGUGUUUACGGUGUUAAACGCCAUAGUAUUCAGGUGUUCUCUCGGAGAUAAUUUUAACAAGGAAUAUACUGACGGAUUUAUUGAGUUGAUAGAGAAAGCAAAUUCAUUGGCAGGUGCAUUCAGUUUCGGAGAUUUCUUUCCAUGGCUUCAAUGGUUAGAUAUAGUCAGUGGAUUUGAUGCAAAACUGAGAAAUGCCGCUAAAGAAUUAAAUAUUUUCUUUGAUCAGAUUAUCGACGAUAGCAUCCGUAUAAGUUCGCAAGUAGAUCAUAGUCAUCAUGACAAAGACGAAAAGAAAAGCUUCAAAGAAAUACUUAUAUCUCACGCUGGAAAGAAUAACUCCAGUUUCACCAGAGAGUGCAUGAAAGGAUUAAUUAUGGACAUGUUUGUUGGCGGAAUUGAUACAUCAGCAACUGUCGUGGAUUGGGCUAUGGCAGAGCUUAUAAAGAAUCCAAAACUGAUGAAGAAAGCACAAGAAGAGGUAAGAAGAGUGGUUGGAAACAAAACUAACAAGGUGGAAGAACACCAUAUUAAUCAAAUGGACUACUUGAAAUGCAUCGUUAAAGAGACGCUAAGAAUGCAUCCGCCUAUACCAACAUAUUCAAGGAGGUCUUCAGGCAGUGCAAAAAUAGGUGGCUGUGAUAUUCCACCAAACAUGGAAGUUUUCAUCAAUGUGUGGACAUUUCAAAGAGACCCCAAAUUAUGGGAUGAAGCAGAGGAGUUCCGUCCAGAGAGAUUCAUAAACAAUCCCAUCGAUUUUAAAGGUCAGGAUUUUCAGUUUAUUCCAUUUGGGUCUGGAAGAAGAGGGUGUCCUGGCAUGUCAUUUGGCCUUGCAGUCGUAGAACUUGUCCUUGCUAACCUCUUGUUCGCAUUCGACUGGGAAUUGCCUGGUGGUGCUAGUAGUGAGGAAUUAGACAUGGAUGAAAAAGCUGGUUUCACUAUUAUGAGGAGGACACCAAUACAGGUUGUUCCAGUACCGUUCUGUGCAACUUUUUCUUGAUCCUCCAUGAAUGCAAACCUAUUACAAUAAUAUGUUAUGGUGAUAAAUUAGAUAUUUUGAAAUAUCAA